AAGAAGGAAAAUGAAAAAAGUGAAGUCCGACAGAAUGAUGAGAGGAGGCAGGGUGAAGUGCGAAGUAAUGUCUCCCUCUUCUCUUCCACUGGCAUGCCAAAAAGCAAGUGUUCCCUACGUUGCAUACCUCUAUCAUCAUUCAUCACACACACACACACACAAUAAUCCUACUAUAUAUCAUAUACAAGAAGAAUCCAGCACGUGCAGUUGGAAGCAUCCUACUAUGGCCGUUGGAGUAUUGUACGACAAACUAACCACAGUCAUGACCUCGGAUCAUGCUUCCGUCGUCUCAUUGAACCUCUUUGUUGCUCUUCUAUGCGCCUGCAUCAUCCUCGGUCACUUGUUGGAAGAGAACCGAUGGAUCAAUGAAUCCAUCACUGCCCUUCUCAUUGGUCUCUUCACUGGGGUCUUUAUAUUGCUUACUACUGGAGGAAAAAGCUCUCAUAUACUACUCUUCAGUGAAGAUCUUUUCUUUAUUUACCUUCUUCCACCCAUCAUUUUCAAUGCUGGGUUUCAGGUGAAGAAGAAACAAUUUUUCCGCAAUUUUAUAACUAUAAUGCUCUUUGGUGCAGUUGGUACUUUGAUAUCAUUCUGCAUCAUAUCACUAGGUGCCAUACACUUUUUCCAGAAACUGGACAUUGGUUCCCUCAAGAUUGGAGAUUAUCUAGCAAUUGGAGCAAUAUUUUCAGCAACGGAUUCUGUUUGCACUUUGCAGGUUCUUAAUCAGGAUGAGACUCCUUUACUGUAUAGCCUGGUCUUUGGGGAGGGGGUAGUAAAUGAUGCUACCUCCGUAGUUCUCUUCAAAGCAAUUCAGAAUUUUGACCUCUCUCACAUUGACUUAAACACUGCCUUACAGUUAAUAGGAAAUUUUUUAUAUUUAUUCAUUGCAAGCACUGUGCUGGGAGUCUUUGCUGGAUUGCUUAGUGCAUACAUUAUUAAGAAGCUAUAUUUUGGCAAGUUGAUAAGGCAUUCUACAGACCGUGAGGUUGCUCUCAUGGUACUCAUGGCAUACCUUUCAUAUAUGCUAUCUGAACUCUUUUCUUUAAGUGCCAUUCUGACUGUUUUCUUCUGCGGCAUUGUUAUGUCUCACUACACGUGGCAUAAUGUAACGGAAAGUUCACGAGUGACAACCAAGCAUGUUUUUGCCACUAUGUCAUUCAUUGCUGAAAUCUUCAUCUUCCUCUAUGUGGGGAUGGAUGCAUUAGACAUAGAGAAGUGGCGAUUUGUAAGUCAAAGUCCAAGAAAAUCUAUUGGGGUCAGUUCGUUGCUGUUGGCACUUAUCCUGGUAGGAAGAGCUGCAUUUGUUUUCCCCUUGUCCUUCUUAUCCAACUUGCUUAAGAAGUCUCAAUCUGAGAAAAUUGAGUUAAAGCAACAAGUAACAAUUUGGUGGGCUGGUCUCAUGCGUGGAGCUGUUUCUAUCGCACUUGCUUACAAUCAGUUCACCAGGCUGGGCCAUACUAAAUUGCGAGAGAAUGCCAUCAUGAUCACCAGUACCAUUACUGUUGUACUCUUCAGCACAUUGGUGUUUGGGUUGAUGACAAAGCCACUUGUGAGGCUCUUGCUUCCUUCCUCUAAACACGUAGUCAGCUUGCCGACCCCACCAUCGACACCAAAAUCAUUCACUGUGCCACUUCUUGGCAGUGGAGAGGAUUCAUGGGCCAAUGGUGGCACCCAUAAUGGGCCCCCACCAAGCACCUUGAUGAUGCUCCUAAGCUGCAUUCCAACUCGUGGGGUACACCACUAUUGGCGCAAAUUUGAUGAUUCUGUCAUGCGACCCGUCUUUGGUGGACGAGGUUUUGUACCCUACGUUCCCGGGUCACCCCUUGAACAAAGUGUUCAUCAGUGGCAUUGCACUUAGAAGAUAGAUAGAUACUACUGAUUAUGAUUAUGCAUGUGAUGGAUGGUGUGGUUGUUUGUGGUGUAUGUAAAAUCGGCUUGGCUUUGGUUGUGUGCACUUUUGUCAAUAGUUACAACAUGUCAACUUCACAAAUGAUACUUAAAGAGAAGAAAAAGAAACAUGUUAUAGGGGAAGAAUUUAUGUACACAUAUUUGUCCCCCUGAUUUUGCUGACAUAGAGAGAGGGGGUUGCUUGCUUUUUAGUUAAUACUUGUAACUUGAUGCUACUAAGGUGAUUCAUAUUUUGUGUGUAUACAUGGUAUGAAUGGAAAGGUAUUGACA